AUGCCCUCAAAGAAGAAAAAUUUUGCAGGUAGUACCAGUCCUGAGCGACGUCAUCAUCAUGCCCGUCACUCCAGUUUGACCUUACCUGUUGAGGGUCACCCCAACACCGCCCAAACACAUGCCCGUGAUGUCGUAGAGGUCAACUGCCGCCUAGAUGCGCUCACCAGACAAAUGCAACAUCUUGAGGCACGGGUGACUUCAGAUAUUGCUCAGAUCCUGCUUCUCCUUCAGCAACAGCAGCAGCAUCAACAAAACCAGCAGAAUUCAGUCUCACCGUCCCAGUUGGACUCUGAUCAGAGUCCCGAGCGUCGUCGUGGUGGUGUGGGCAUCCCCCGAAGUGGAAGCGGAAGAGAAAGCCGGGUGUUCCGACGGGCAGCUUCUCUACAUGACGAGCCUCCACACUACUCUAGGCAUCACUAUCGUUCUUUAGAGAUCACACGUCCACCGGUGGAAGAUCUCCUUGGUCAGUCUGGUGACGGCCCUUCAAACCAAGGUCUCGAUUUCCGGGAAGUCAGCAGCGGUCUUGCCGGGGUCAGCGGGCCAGGUCGGGGGGGUGCGGGUAUGGCCACUAGACCAUGCCCCUCUAUGCCUCUCACCCCUGACCUUGACCCAGAUGCACUCAGGCCCUCCCCCCCUCGUAGCCAGUCCCAGCCCUCUGACCUUACCCAGGAGCGAUCCCGAGAGGCCAGCCCUGGAACCAGCAAAGUCCAGCUCCCAGACACCCCAAAGACUGAAUCGGAUGUUUAGAGGUAUCGCAAUCGCACCCGAAAGACCAUAGA